UAUAUCGACCAGCAGAGUAAAAAGUAUGCCAACGUCAAGUAGCAUUCUGCAGAAGAUAAUCGGAACCAGAAUCGCCUUCACAAAAACAACCAAGCUGGCGCUCGUCGUUCGAAGUGAUCUGAAAAUGAGCAAAGGCAAAACGGCUUCCCAAUGUGCACACGCUGCCGUCAUGUGCUACCAGAACGCCGCACAGGGCUCAGCGGAACAGAGUGCUACUCUGCAGAGAUGGUGUCGCAUGGGACAACCAAAGGUUGUGUUGCGGGUCGAAAGCUUCGAGCAACUAAAUAACUUGGAGCGACAAGCGCAGAAGGCGAACGUCGUUUCUGCUUUGGUGAGGGAUGCUGGCCGAACACAGAUUGACCCGGGAACGGCCACGGUUCUGGGCUUGGGACCAGCGUCAGGAGCUGAACUGGAUAAGCUGAUUGCACACUUGAAACUGUUAUGAGUUCUAUGUUUUAUAUAAUCAUUACAAUUAAACAUUAACCAAUUCAUCGUAA